AUUCUAGGCAGGAUUGGGGUGCAAAAUCAAAGAUUUAUGUAUAUAUUUGCCAAAUUCAAUCUUUAAACUCAAGACUUCUUCGUGAGAACGAGACUGAUUUUUAUCACAGAAUCAACACCUUAUUGCUUGGUAUAAUAAUAAACGAAGCCUACAGACGAGCACAUCUCGUGGCAGGAGCACAUCUUUGUAUAAAAUUCACCACACAAAUUUACAUCAGUUAAAUUUCUUGAGCAUCCAAAUGCAAAAACAUUUCGAGAAACGUAACUCCAAAGUAGUUUGCUAAACUGGAAGAGAAGCGAAAAGAUCCAAAAAAAUGGCAGAAGCAUUACCACUGGUGGAAUUUACAUCAAAUAAGCUCUACACAUUUCUGAGUGAAGAGGGAAGCUUGCUGGGAGGACUUCGACUUGAGAUCCAACUCAUCAGCGAUGAGUUUGGUCAUAUGAAGUCCUUCCUCCAGAAGGUGUCGGAUUCCGGCGGAGAAGUUCACGAUCCUCAGCUUGCCGAAUGGAUCAGGCAACGACUAGUUGUCACUUCUUCGGGUGAAAAAGAGGAGGAAAUUAUUUUGGAUCUAAUUCAUCCUAUAUCUGCCUCGUCUCUUGGAAACCUUUGUUUCUUCGAAUUGUUUGGCUCACUAGAAAAGAUCCCGCCAUGGACAAUAAAUCUCCAAGGGUUGGAAAGAAUAUCAUUGUAUUUCAGUAAGUUAACUGCAGAUCCGCUGGAAACACUUCAACACUUACCCAACUUGUUUGAGGUUAGACUCGUUGAAGCCUAUCAAGGAGAUAGUUUAUGCUUCAAGGCUGGAUGUUUUCUAAAGCUCAAGGAAUUGUUGUUGAGAGGUAUGAACGGAUUGAAACGGAUCAAAGUCGAGAAAGGUGCAAUGCCGGGUAUCAAUGAGCUGAUCAUGGAAGACCUUCCAAUGCUGGAGGAGUUACCUGUUGGUAUUGAAAACUUGAAACAGCUUCAAAAGCUGGAAUUGUUGGCUGUGAAUUCUGAACUCACAAACAAGUUGGAAAACGCAGCGGCCGCUGCAAAAGAAAGUGAUUACAGCAGAAAAAUCUCACACAUUCCUCAGGUGACCAUAGGCUUCCAGGUAGACGGGCAAUGGAGAUCUCACCGGCUGAUUCACAAGACUAAGAGUGCAAAAACCAACUUUGGUGGAGUUACCCUUAUUGCAAUAAUGAUCAAUUCUUUUAAGGAUAGAUUAAGGGGUGGGAUUUCGGAAGUGAGGGUCUUUUUUCCUCCAGCUUGA